AUGCCAUCCAGACUGAGGAAGACCUGGCACUUUUGGAUCCACAGCCGUAUAGGCAAGCACCAAAAGCACUCAGGAGGCCACAGUCAUGCUGGUGGCAUGCUUCACCACAGGAUCAACUUCAAUCAGUAUCACCCAGGUUACUUUGGGACAGUUGGAAGCAGGCAUUACCACUUCAAGAGCAACCAGAAAUUCUGCCCAGUUGUCCACCUUGAUAAACUGUGGACUUUGGUCAGUGAGCAGUUGUGGGUAAAUUCUGCCAGAAAUAGGACUGGAGUUGCUCCUAUCAUUGAUGUGAUAUGA